GAACCUACCAAUGGGAACCAGCUUUGGCCAAUGAAUGCUAUCUACAGGAACCUGAUCACACUGUUGAGCUGCUAGCCCCGGGCUCUGCAGGCUCCCUUUCCUUGAACCAAGAGCAGCACCAGAUCUUGGGGUGGCUUAGAGUACAGAUGGGCAUUCAAAAGCCUCUGGAGAAAGGCCAAGAGGAAAUGGGGCCAUAGAAACCAGACAGCAGGGGGCUGCCAAUGCUCAGUGUGGACAAAGCAAACACCACGGCUGUGUCUGACCUGCUGUUGAAUGAGACUGACUUCGGAGACCCACUGGGCUUUUGUACUUGGCAGGCCAGCCAUGAGAGGGUACCUCGUGGCCAUCUUCUUGAGUUCCGUCUUCCUCUAUUAUGUGCUACACUGUAUCCUGUGGGGAAUGAAUGGCUAUUGGGUACCACUGGUGGAUAUGAAGAGUAAAACUAUCAAGCCGUGUUCAAAAGCACCAGCUUUCGCAUCUCUGCUGAGGUUUCCUCAGUUUUACCCAUUUCUGUGUGCAUCUGAUUUUGCAAAGAUUGCUUCCGCUUACGGUACCAAUAACUUUGCUCUGCCCUAUGGGAUAAAGGCAUCAGGGGAAUAUUUUCGAGUUGUCCUUUCAAAACUGAAGAGUUGUGAUGUUUUUGAUGAGCCUGACAAUGUGCCCUGUAAGAGGUGUGUGGUGGUUGGUAAUGGAGGAGUAUUGAAGAAUAAGACAUUAGGAGAAAAAAUCGACUCCUAUGACGUAAUAAUAAGAAUGAAUAAUGGUCCUGUUUUAGGACAUGAAGAGGAUGUUGGGAGAAGGACGACCUUCAGGCUUUUUUAUCCAGAGUCUGUCUUUUCAGACCCCACUCACAACGAUCCCAAUACUACAGCGGUUCUCAUCGUCUUUAAACCACAUGAUUUAAGGUGGCUCUUGGAAGUGAUGAUUGGUCGCAACGUCAACACUAAUGGUUUUUGGAAGAAGCCAGCCUUAAACUUGAUCUAUAAAAGCCACCAAAUCAGAAUAUUAGAUCCAUACAUUAUCAGAGAAGCAGCUUAUCAGCUGCUUCAUUUUCCCACAGUGUUUCCCAAAGGUCAGAAACCCAAACACCCUACGACAGGAAUUAUUGCCAUCACACUUGCAUUUCACAUAUGCAGUGAAAUUCACCUCGCUGGUUUUAAGUACAGCUUUUACAACCCAAAUAGUCCUUUACACUACUAUGGAAAUGCCACUAUGUCUUUGAUGAGUAAGAAUGCAUAUCACAAUGUGACAGCAGAACAGCUCUUUUUAAAGACCAUUAUAGAGAAAAAUAUGGUAAUCAACUUGACUCAAGAUUGACCAUACAGACUCAAAAGAUGACGCUAAACAGUAUUAGUUUUAUUUUUGUACUGCAAAUUUUAGUUUAUUUUUAAAUAUGUUGGAUGAACUCAUCAAAUAAUUAUGUGUAUUAAGUCUGUUGCUGCCUGGUGAUUUAUAACCACCAGCUUAAUUUCUGUGAAUCUAUUUAUGAAAUACAAAAAAACCCUUUUAGUUAAGAUAUCAGGGAAAUAUGUAAAGUUUUGACUGUGUUGUUUUUAAAACAAGCUACUGUUUUGAGAUGUUUUAAAAUUCCUUCUCGUAGUUCCUUCAUCUUAAGAGUUCUAGGCACUUUAGCUAAUGUCUCCAGUUCUGACACUCACGUGUCAUUCUGAGACAAUUAUUUGUUAUGAUUUGUUAUUCCUGGCAUAUGACUGGGGGCCAGGGGCAGAAAAUUAGAACCACUUGUGGAGAAGUCCAUGGUGUGUUCAUAGUCGUUUAAUUAAGUUCCCCAUGCAAUUAGUUAAGCCAGUAAUAGCCUGCAGUGUUCAGGAGUCAACCAGAGCCUUUCCUGUACAUGCCAGACAAGCACUCUCACCUUGAUGAGCGUUCUGAGAUUUUUUGGGGAGCAGGGAGCGGGUUCUUACUGUGAGCCUAGGCUGGCCUUGAACUUGGAUCUCUUGCCUCACCCUCCCAAGUUCUGGGAUUACAACUCUGUGCCACCACGUAUGAUGCACAGCAUCAUUUUUUAAAUGAAAAAAGAGCAUUUUUUUUUUUUAAGGCAAGGUUUAUAUAAACUCUGGGUGGCCUAAAAACCACAGUGCAGUCCAGAGUGGCCUUCAACUCAGAGAUGGGCCUAUCUCUGCCUCCAGAGUGCUGGGAUUAAAGGAAUGUCAGUUUAAAAAAAGCAAAGCCAGAUCACUAAUGAGGAAAUUCAGUAUUUUCCCAGUUUAACGUAUUCAUUAACUCUUAAAUGUUUAUUUGAAGCAAAUUAGAAAAGUAAAACAAUGAAAGUAAAGCCUUAAGAUUCCUGAUGACUAUUUAUUUCUACGGUAAAAAAAAGUUGGUAUUUCCUAUGACUAAAUUUAGCCUUCACUGAAACAUUUACUGGGCCUCUUCAGGUACACGAGAGGAAAGUCUGUUGAAAUACAAACAAAAGCUAGCUCUGUGAAGCAGUCUCCCUUUCCAACUGUUGAGACAUACAACCGAAGGCUCCCGGGGGUAGGAUGGGAGGAGAAAAGAACAGUAGAGGUGAUGAGGAUGGAUUCAAAUCCUGUUGGAAAUCUGAACUGAAUGAAGAAUCGCUGUCCUUUGAACAGUAA